GGACCGCCCGCCAGCGCGCGCCCGGCCGUUCGGUCCUUCGUCGCGUUCUUGGUCGCUUCCCUCGUCUCUCCCCCGCCCCCCGCCCCCGGCCUCCGCACAGACGCGGCCGGGGUUGGAGCCUAGUCGGAACCCAUUCACAGCCGGAGCCCGAGUCGGAGCCGCAGAGAGGUGGAAACAUGGAGGCCUGAGCUGGGGUGCGCCACCCGGGCUGCGGCGGGACCGCGCUUCUCUGACGCCCUCUUGCAACCCGCCCGCCGUUCGUGGGGCCGGAGCGGAGCUCCCGCGGGCUGAGACAGGUGGGCUGUGGCGCCGCCCCUGGCAGCGCGGACCCCGCAGCGCGGCAACCGCCCCUUGUCAGAGCGGGUUCCGGACACCUCCCCUUCCCGGCCGCGUCGGGCGGUUGUACUGUGGAAAUGAAGGUGUAAGUUAUCUCACCACUUUAGAAGAUGGGAUCAAACAGCAGCAGGAUCAGUGAUCUUCCUAAAAAUGAGUACUUAAAAAAGUUAUCAGGCACAGAAUCUGUCUCUGAGAAUGACCCAUUCUGGAAUCAGCUUCUCUCGUUUUCUUUCCCUGCACCAACUAGCAGUACUGAGUUGAAGCUCUUGGAGGAAGCAACCAUUUCAGUCUGCAAGGCUUUAGUUGAAAACAAUCCUCGAACAGGAAAUCUUGGUGCACUAAUUAAGGUCUUCCUUUCUAGAACCAAAGAACUCAAACUUUCAGCAGAAUGUCAGAACCACAUCUUCAUUUGGCAGACACAUAAUGCUUUGUUUAUUAUUUGCUGUUUGCUGAAAGUGUUCAUCUGUGAAAUGUCAGAUGAGGAAUUACAACUUCAUUUUACUUAUGAAGAAAAGUCUCCUGGUAGUUAUGGUUCUGACUCAGAAGACCUUUUGGAAGAAUUGCUCUGCUGUUUGAUGCAGUUAAUCACUGAUAUUCCACUCUUAGACAUUACAUAUGAAAUAUCAGUGGAAGCUAUAUCAACAAUGGUUGUUUUCCUUUCCUGCCAACUCUUUCACAAAGAAAUUUUGCGACAGAGCAUUAGUCACAAGUAUUUGAUGCAAGGUCCAUGUCUUCCGUAUACCAGCAAACUUGUGAAAACUUUAUUAUAUAACUUUAUCAGACAAGAAAAGCCACCUCCUCCAGGAGCCCAUAUUUACCCUCAGCAGUCCGAUGGGGGAGGACUGCUUUAUGGACUGGCAUCAGGAGUAGCAACUGGACUCUGGACUGUGUUCACACUAGGCGGUGUGGGCAGCAAAGCGACUGUCUCUCCAGAGCUUUCUUCCCCUCUGGCCAACCAGAGUCUCCUGCUUCUGCUGGUGCUGGCCAACCUGACAGACGCUCCAGAUGCACCCAAUCCCUACAGACAGGCCAUUAUGUCCUUUAAGAACACACAAGAUAGCAGCCCUUUUCCCUCAUCAAUUCCACAUGCCUUCCAGAUUAACUUUAACAGUUUGUACACAGCCCUAUGUGAACAGCAAACAUCUGAUCAAGCAACGCUUCUCUUGUACACACUGCUCCAUCAGAAUAGUAAUGUCAGAACAUACAUGCUGGCUCGCACAGAUAUGGAAAAUCUUGUUUUACCAAUUCUUGAGAUUCUGUAUCAUGUUGAAGAAAGAAAUUCACACCAUGUGUAUAUGGCCCUUAUAAUAUUAUUGAUCCUUACAGAAGAUGAUGGCUUCAAUAGGUCCAUUCAUGAAGUGAUAUUAAAAAAUAUUACUUGGUAUUCAGAACGGGUUUUAACUGAAAUUUCACUGGGGAGUCUCCUGAUUCUGGUUGUAAUAAGAACCAUUCAAUACAACAUGACAAGGACAAGAGACAAGUACCUUCACACAAAUUGUUUGGCAGCGCUAGCAAAUAUGUCAGCACAGUUUCGUUCCCUCCAUCAGUAUGCUGCACAGAGGAUCAUCAGUUUGUUUUCUUUGCUGUCUAAAAAACAUAACAAAGUUCUGGAACAAGCCACACAGUCUUUGAGAGGUUCACUGAGUUCCAAUGAUGUUCCUCUGCCAGAUUAUGCACAGGACCUCAACGUCAUUGAAGAAGUGAUUCGAAUGAUGUUGGAGAUCAUCAAUUCCUGCCUGACAAAUUCUCUUCACCACAACCCAAAUUUGGUGUAUGCACUGCUUUACAAAAGAGAUCUCUUUGAACAGUUUCGAACCCAUCCUUCAUUUCAGGAUAUAAUGCAAAAUAUUGAUCUAGUGAUCACCUUCUUUAGCUCAAGGUUGCUACAAGCUGGAGCUGAGCUAUCUGUGGAGCGAGUUUUAGAGAUCAUUAAGCAAGGGGUUGUUGCACUGCCCAAAGACAGACUGAAGAAAUUUCCAGAAUUGAAAUUCAAAUAUGUGGAAGAGGAACAGCCGGAGGAGUUUUUCAUCCCCUACGUCUGGUCUCUGGUCUACAACUCAGCAGUAGGCCUGUACUGGAACCCACAGGACGUCCAGCUGUUCACAAUGGAUUCUGACUGAGGCAGGAGGCACCUCCCACCACCCCCCAGCCAAACAGCCCUGCUAGUUACUUUAUUUCUGGGGAACAGAAGCAGACAGAGUGCCCAGUGUGUCUUCCAUCGGAGAGGAUCACACAAACGUGUUUCCCUCACACGCUUAGAUUUGGAGAAUUGGUGCCAGUUGGCAGUAGAUCACUCAGCGUAGAUUGUAGCGCAAGGGGUUGGGGGUACACAACAAUAAUAAACAUGGAAACCUGCUAGUCAACAUGCAGUUUUAUUUCUAAACCAAAAAUCUAGAGCUUCCCAGGAUCCUGAUGCCCUAGACACAUAACAAACACAGCAGUGCACCCCUUUUUUUUUUUUUCACACAUUUGUUUUGGCCACGUGUGCACACAUACGUGUGUGUGUGUGUGUGUGUGUGUGUGUGUGUGUGUGUGUGUGUCAGCGGUCCAUGGUUUCUUAAACACGGUGCCGGGGCAAUACAGUACUAACCUUUCAAGGCUCUUUGUCUUUCCUUCAAAGAAGGAAAAAGGUUCCUUUGGGGAGAGUUGGCCUCCGAACUACAGCUGGAAUUCAACUCGAGUGGAGCUCAAGUUAAGCACUGUAUUCAGCACUGGGAAAGAAAAGCUUAAUUUUGAAAGCAGUUGUUUUCCUUCAACCAGGCUAGUCAAGGCGAAAGGAGACUCAUUUAUCAAUGCUGUACACCAAGCGGAAUGAAAAACAUGAUUUUCUCUUUGUUUCUGAUACUUUAAAAAUGCUUUGGGGCUAUGAAAACUGUGGGUUUGGUCCCUGAGCUGGAGUAAGGGGCUUCUCUGAGGAACAUGCUGCAGGCUGUGUGGAGCAGAAUAGUAGUGUGAGGACCAUAGGACUGUCCUUUCAAGUCACAUACUAUGUCCCUGGCUGGUCCCUGCCCAGUGUAGAUGAGGAACCCAGUUUUUCCUCCUCCACAAGGAUGCAAAAAAGUGUCCCCAGGUUUCCUGCAGAGGAAGCACAUAAUCCCAAUGAGGCUGGGCGGCUGCUUCAACCAGCAGUCACCCCUUCAAUUCUUCAGGACCAGCCCUCUGCCUGUCCCCCCACACCAGGACUGGGAGUCUGGUCAUUUUGGCCUGUCACAUCCUCAGUCACCACACCUGCUGUAAAGGUUAAAAACCAUGCCAGCACUUCAGUGCACAGCUAUGUGGUUUCCACCUGUGAGAAGCCCAGGCUGAGCCGCCCUCAUGGGCCACUGACCUAGGUCAGCAUUUCCUUACCCUCAUCUGGACAGGAUGAAGCAGAAGCCCCUGAGGCCAGAAGACUAAGGGCAGGGGUUAACUGUGCCUGGACAGGUGGGUACAGGAAGCAAAUGCAUCCAGUGACCGUCCCGUGGCCCUCCCAGAGGUCCUUCCGGAGACUCGGCACUUCACAUGACUGGGCCACCUGCCCAUCAAUGCUUGUACUUUCAGGCCCCUCUGUCCCAGGAAUGGCCACGGACUCCAUCCUGUGGUUCACGCGGGAUCUCUGGCUAGUGCUGUGGCUCACACCUUCUCCAUCCAGCUCUGGGGGACAGGUGAUCUGAAGGUGGAAAUGAUUUAAUUGUAACUUCAAGUAGCAAUUACGCCUAUUUCCUAUGUGGGAAAUGAUUUACAGCUUUAAUUUGUUUCCAGAGCAUUUCUAAUUUGUUUCCUUUUUCCUUUGAACAAACAAUAGCAAAAAAAAUAAAAAAGAAUUUAAGUGUCAUGUGAAGCAUCUUGAUCUCUGUUAAGACCACAGGAUUGCCAGGCAAGGUGGCACACACCUGUAAUCCCAGCAACUCUAGAGGCUGAGGCAGGAGGAUCUUGAGUUCAAAGCCAGCCUCAGCAAUGGCAGGGUGCUGAGCAACUCAGUGAGAAUAAAAUAGAAAAACAGGCUGGGGAUGUGGCUAAGUGGUUGAGUGCCUCUGAGUUCAAUCCCUGGUGCCAAAAAAAAAAAAAAAAAAAAAAGCCACAGGAUUUUCCUCUUAGUCCAAGGGCUGGGUAGUUCCAAGGAACAACCAUGACACAGGACUGACACAGGACUUUCAGUUCAUGUGGUGGGAACAGGGGGAGAAUAUGGUCCCCAAAGGCCCUGGCCUCAGACAUACCUCCCUCUCCUCCUCGACAACCUGCCACACAGCACAAGUGUGAGCCUAAGAGCUCCCCUGGGACAGCAGCCUCCAAAGGGGUCUCAGUACAGCCUCCUCCACCUGGGCUGCCAGCACCGAAGCCUCUACCUGCAUCACUGCCUCAGCUCUGCAAAACCACCCGGAGUUUUUUCCUUAUUUUUGUGAAAUAUUUUUCAGAUGGCAAUAAAUUUAAGUGAUAACGCUUGAA